AUGCAGGCUUCAUUCGCUGCUUUGAUUGACCAAAAGUACUAUACCGUACCCUUUUUCACCUUGGAGUCUGGCCGAGUGCUGAAGAACGUACCAGUUGCCUACAAGACCUGGGGGAAGCUGAACGAGACUAGGGACAAUGUCAUGAUCAUCUGCCAUGCCUUCACGGGCAGCUCGGACGUCGAGGAUUGGUGGGGCCCGCUCAUGGGCAAGGGCAAGGCGUUUGAUCCUCAACGCUACUUCAUUUUCUGUGCGAAUGUGCUGGGCUCGCCCUACGGCUCAGCCUCGCCUGUUACAGUCAAUCCAGAAACCGGCAAGCCAUACGGCCCCGAAUUUCCUGCAACAACUAUCCGUGACGAUGUCAGAUUGCACAAGCUCGUGCUAGACUAUCUUGGAGUUUCAUCUGUCGCGGUAGCCAUCGGUGGUUCCAUGGGUGGGAUGGCGAUCCUUGAAUGGCCACUCUGCACUCCCAAAGGGUAUAUCCGACACAUUAUCCCCAUCGCAACAUCCGCCCGACAUUCCGCAUGGUGUAUCAGCUGGGGCGAAGCCCAGCGACAGAGCAUCUAUAGCGAUCCCGUGUACGAAGAUGGCUUCUACAAAUCUCAGCCUGCCUCUGGGCUGGCCGCCGCACGCAUGGCUGCCCUCCUUACCUUCCGUUCACGCGACUCCUUCGAGCGACGCUUCGGCCGCAAGCCACAGAGACUACCUGCAGAUGCAGUCCCCACUCCGCCGCGCUCGCCCGUCUCGCCCGAGGCCGACGAUGCGCUAGCAGCGCACAACGACGGCCAGCGCAAGCGAACGAGCAUUAACGGUUCUGCAUCGGGCACACCCAUAUUGUCCCGCUCCAUUUCGCCUACCCCGCGCCACCCGAUCUUCUCAGCGCAGAGCUACCUGCGCUAUCAAGGCGACAAGUUCAUCUCUCGCUUCGACGCUAACUGCUAUAUCCACAUCACGCGCAAGAUGGACACGCACGACGUCACACGCGGCCGGCUGCUGUCUCCCGAUGAGGACGAAUCACACGCCCUCGCAAGAGUCUUGUCGACCCUCCCGCCUCGCGCGCUGGUCAUCGGUAUCCAGACUGAUGGACUCUUCACGCCCUCGGAGCAGCGCGAGAUUGCAGAGUAUGUGCCUGAUGCUGAGUGUGUCAUCAUCCCAUCUCCAGAGGGCCAUGACGGUUUCCUCUUGGAAUUCGAGCUCAUCAACGGACACAUUAUGCAAUUCUUAAAGAGGGAAUUCCCUGACUACUACAGGAUAGCUGACGGCUCAGAGGCGGCGGAUGAGCCUGAAGAAGGCUUCGACGUCAAAAGGACUAGUAUGUUUGGCGAGGCGGAGGCAGAUGUCAUCAGGUGGUAG